UCCCCCGGGGCUCGCGGCUGCUGGGCCUCGGGGCCGCACCUGCUAAUGAGGAUGCCCGGCCACGCAGCUCCGCCGUCCCCGGACCCGCUUCCUAGUGUGCACGACUGAGUGGGCCUGGCUUCGGUCUCUGGUGCCGGUGAAUGAAAAGCUUCGGAGCGAAUCUGAAUUCCAAGAGCCAUGGACGAAAGUUCUGGGCCGCAGCCCCCCGCGGGAGAGCUGCCGGCGGUGCGGGCCGCGGUAGGAGCUGUCCAAGAGGAGAGCGAGCCCCAGACCCUCAGGUCUAAGAGCCCACCGGUCCCGAGCAGCGCCGCCUGCCGGCCGAGCCGCAGUCCCGCGAGUGUAGACGGCAAGUCGGCCUUUGCCUGCAUGGAUUCUUUGGGCCACCAGGAGGUGAAGCGAGGCCAGAACCCGUUGGCUCCCAGCCCCUCUGCCCCGUCCCCCUUGGAGGGGACGGCAGGGUCCGUAGACUGCAACCAUAUGAUGGACCUCAGCAAGGCCGGCCCAGCUUCGGCGCCGCUGGCCCCGCUCCGGGAGAGAAGAUGCCUCUACGUGGUCCUCACCGAUUCUCGCUGCUUCCUGGUUUGCAUGUGCUUUCUGACCUUCAUCCAGGCGCUGAUGGUCUCCGGGUACCUGAGCAGUGUCAUCACCACUAUUGAAAGGCGCUACAGUCUGAAGAGUUCCGAGUCCGGCCUGCUGGUCAGCUGCUUUGACAUCGGGAACCUGGUGGUAGUGGUGUUCGUCAGCUACUUUGGGGGCCGGGGUCGGCGACCCCUGUGGCUGGCUGUGGGCGGACUUCUCAUCGCCUUCGGGGCUGUGCUCUUCGCCUUACCUCACUUCAUCUCUCCACCCUACCAGAUCCAAGAGUUGAACGCUUCGGCCUCCAACGACGGCCUGUGUCAGAAUGGCAACUCCACGACCGAUUUGGAGCCUCCGCCCUGUCCAAAGGACUCUGGAGGAAACAGUCACUGGGUCUACGUGGCGUUGUUCAUCUGUGCACAGAUUCUCAUUGGAAUGGGCUCCACGCCUAUUUACACCCUGGGACCAACCUACUUAGAUGAUAAUGUUAAGAAAGAAAAUGCAUCCUUGUACCUAGCCAUCAUGUACGUCAUGGGAGCGCUUGGGCCUGCAGUGGGAUAUUUAUUAGGUGGACUUCUUAUUGGUUUUUAUGUCGAUCCCAGAAAUCCUGUUCACCUUGACCAGAAUGACCCUCGUUUCAUUGGAAACUGGUGGAGUGGAUUCCUCCUUUGUGCCAUUGCAAUGUUUCUUGUGAUAUUCCCAAUGUUUACUUUUCCAAAAAAGCUUCCACCUCGACAUAAGAAAAGGAAAAAGAAAAAGUUUUCUGUUGAUGCUGUGACCGAUGAUGAUGUCAUGAAGGAGAAAUCAAACAAUGGUGAACAAGUGGACAAAAAAGUUUCUUCAAUGGGCUUUGGAAAGGACGUCAGAGACCUACCAAGAGCAGCUGUCAGGAUCUUAAGCAACAUGACAUUCCUUUUUGUGAGUUUGUCAUACACAGCUGAGAGUGCCAUUGUAACUGCUUUCAUUACCUUCAUUCCCAAGUUCAUCGAGUCACAGUUUGGUAUCCCAGCUUCCAAUGCCAGCAUCUACACUGCUUCAUUUUUAAUGUAUACUGCUCACAACUUUUUUCUUUUCUCUCUCAGACCUUCUCUGACCAUGCCCCACAGGAAUCUGACAGGAAGCUGCAAUGUGAACUGCGGUUGUAAAAUACACGAAUAUGAGCCUGUGUGCGGGUCUGAUGGGAUCACGUACUUCAACCCUUGUCUGGCUGGCUGUUUUAACAGUGGCAAUCUUAGCACGGGGAUUCGGAAUUAUACCGAAUGCACCUGCGUCCAGAGCCGACAAGUGAUCACGCCGCCCACCGUGGGACAGCGCAGCCAGCUCCGCGUGGUCAUAGUCAAAACGUAUCUCAACGAGAACGGCUACGCCGUGUCGGGGAAGUGCAAACGGGCCUGCAAUACGCUCAUCCCCUUCUUAGUGUUUCUGUUCAUAGUCACCUUCAUCACCGCGUGCGCCCAGCCGUCAGCCAUCAUAGUCACACUCAGGUCUGUGGAAGAGGAAGAGAGACCUUUUGCGCUGGGGAUGCAGUUUGUCUUGCUGCGAACACUUGCGUACAUUCCGACGCCGAUUUACUUCGGAGCGGUCAUCGACACCACCUGCAUGCUCUGGCAGCAGGACUGCGGGGUGCAGGGCUCUUGCUGGGAGUACAACGUGACAUCAUUUCGUUUCGUGUACUUUGGUUUGGCGGCCGGCCUCAAGUUUGUUGGCUUUAUUUUUAUUUUCCUGGCCUGGUACUCCAUAAAACACAAGGAGGAUGAAGCGCAGAGGCAGAGGGCCCGAGAGCUGCCCCUCAGCACGGUGAGCGAGCUCGUUCGCCAGCCCCGCGGGGCCCAGAGGUACGCCCGGACUACCUCGUGCCCGGCCUUCAGUACCCAGGGCGAGUUCCCCGAGGACACCGGCCUGCAGAGGGGCGUCACUUCUGCAGCGCAGACCUACGCGGGACCCUUCCCAGAAGCAAUAAGCUCCUCCGCAGAGCCGGGGCCCGUUGAGAGCCCUGCCGCCCUGUAGCCGCCCCCCGAAGCUGGAAAACCACUUGUUUUGUUGGUUGAGUUGAAUACGGCGACUUGAGAAACACCUGUGCCUUCUUUUCUUUCUUUUUUAACCUCUACACACACAAUCCUCAAUCCAACAAAACUCAGUAUACACAGCCACUAUCGACUGAGGGCUGGAUACCUCAACCGGACUGGAGCCUUUCCCUCUCCCCGGCAAGGAGGAGGUCGGGUAGAUCUGUUACCACUUCUGCUAUGUUAGUUUGCUGCCUAUGCUGUGGUGUGGGGUAAGGCUGAGGUCCUUGGUUAACACAACCGCGGGAAGGGCAACGCGUGCGUGUCACUAACAUACACUCCAAACCGAGGUGAGCUUCACCGCGACUUUGCAUUUGCAAAUCCGAGUUUUUAGAUUUGAACACCUACUGUGAGCUCUGCUACAAAGCACAAAUGAAUUUGCCUCAACUAUGCAAUUUGAUUGGAAAAAUGUAAGUGCAGCAUGUCACCUUUGCUUUCAGAGAAUAAAGCGGAUUUGUUUUUGAAAGGAGAAAGCUGGACGUUCCCUAAAGUACUGUUAAGAGCAUUUUAAGCCAUAGCAGAGUUAUCAAUCAGGUAGAAUUUUUCAAAUGCUUCAAAGGAACCAUACGCAUAGCAUGAUGAAAGGUAUGGCCGCAUCAUUCCAUAAGACCUUCUCUGUAAGUCUGUCUGCCUGUCCUAGAGGCUGCUGAAUCAUAGAUCUGAUAGCUGGAACGUAAACUUCAGCAUUUCAUCAGGGGGGCUUUAAAGCUAGUGUGCCAAGCAGUAUGGCCAGAAACUGUAAUUUGAAAUAUAUAAUAUGGAAGCGGAUGGCUUUCUCAUCCAAGGAAUUGCUGUCAAAAUCCCCUUGCCUCGUAAGGGCCCACAUAAAAGCGAUGAAGAGUUCCAACUUUGACAUUCAAAGUAGUUGAAAAAGGAAUUUCAAAGGUAAUAUGGAUUCCCACCACAGCAUUUUAUUUAUAACUUUAAAGUACUGGGAAUUCUGUAUUCUCCCCCACCUCUUUCUCCCCCCUCUCUCUUCCUCUUCUUCCUGUUCCUCUUCUUUCUCCUUCUUCUCCUCUUCCUCCUCUGCCUUCUCCUCCUCCUCCUCCUCCUUUUUGGUACAAAAAAUUGCUGUGGCUGUCCCUAAAAAUGAAAUAAUGACAUCAGGAAGGCUUUCCUUCGGAUAUGAAAAUCACUUUGAAUCCAGAAGGCAGACCUGCGAGCCAGAUCCAGAGUAAGAUCCUUAGUAGAGAAUUAUUUAAAAUAACCCAGCUCAUCACAUUAAAUCACAUUUUAUCAGAGAUCCAAUCAUUUUAUAUACUAUCCUUUUUGAUUCCCUGUCUGUAUCCUUCCUACAGCAAUUCUGAGGUAGGAUUUUUCUGUUCCUAAACGCCCUUUGGGUUCGUUAUCUGCCAUUCCUCACGGAAUCUCCCAGCAUAUCACUUUGACGGAGUUACUGUGUGGGAUGCUUUCUACCUGGUUCUUAAAGUAGAUACCUUCUGCAGCACUAAUAGACCAGCACAAGGUGACUCAAGGGUCCCAGAGCCAAUGGAACUGUGGGCUGUUUCUGCCAAGGAGCCCAUACUCAUCUGUGUCUUAAUUUGAGGCACUGUUUAUACGUUCCUGUGGGACAGAAGUCAUGACAAAUUCUCCCACAAUUGGGGCUUUUUGGCUUCCCUCCUCACUUGGUCACACAGAUAAAAUUUUGUGAAUUUCCCAGUACAAUGUUGUUUUCCUCUCUGCCUAGGAAUGACCUUGAUCAAGUGGUCCUCUUGGUUGUGGCCAGCUUGUGGGGAGAGUAAUCACUGUCAGACUGACACAUGUCUGUAAGGGGUGAAGCUCGUGGCUCAGGCGACAGGUGCGCUUGCCCUUGGCUCCUAGGCUGCACGCCCAGGGAGGCGAGCAGUCUUCCUUGGCUCUGAUUGAAAGUGUGUUGGUAGCUGUCAAACUCUGGUCAGUGUGAGGACAUUGAAGAUUUUCAGGAAAAGUUGCUGAUUAACCCAGUCUCUACUUGGGGAUUCAGUGUUCCUCUUCACCCUCUCUGGAUGACCUGGAUCCUUUAGAAGGGAAAAUAUUCCUUAGUGCUGGAGCUAAAGCUAUGUAGGCAGAGGAGGGGUGAUCAUUUCUUAAGUUUUUCUCUGAUCAUUAAAACAUUUUGAGCCAGGGAUUUAGCUUAGUGAUGCCACUGCCUGCCUCACAAGCGCAAGGUCCUGAGUUCGAUCCCCGGUACCCCCUCCCCCCAAUUUUUUUUCAUUGAGUGACUUUGGGGAAGGCUGGCAGUGCUUUUUGGUGCUAUGAUUGUUGAAGUCACCAGGGGAAAUUAGAGAGAUUCCCGCCUUUCUCUUGUGCAGUCACCCACCUAGCAGGCACUGACUGGGCACCGAUCUACUGAUUCCCACCUCUUGGGAUGAUUGGGUUAGAAACUGGCCUGCCAUGUCCCCCAUGGUAUUCGUAUUGUCCUUUCUCGUCCUUGUUAAUAACAGGUGUGCCAUUAAUGUGCUGGUGAUGUAGAAUAAGUAGUAAAAGUUAUGAAGGAAUGAAGUUUUGGAAUAUGUACCAAUUAGGAAUUGCUCCCAAAAUGCUUUGGGCUGCGGUAGUAUCAUUGGAAUUACCUAACCAACUAAGUGACUAUUUUGAGGAUGAUGGUAUUUAAUUGUGUAUAUAAGAUCUUAUAUGUUUGCUUAUAAAUUGGCUAUGAUACUUUAUAGUUAUGGCUCCCGUAGACAUUUUAAUUGUCAGUGCAUCUUGGCUUUAGAUUCCUUGUUUUGGCAAAAGGUCAUCUUGUUCCUCUUUCCAUUCUGUAAAUUAAUGUAUUAUUUGGCUCUAAUACACAAAUAUAUUAUUCUUGAGUCCAGCCUAUUAAUUUGGAAACUCAAAGGGUGUAGGGUAGGUGGUUGGAAGCACAUUCUGUAGGUUGACUUGGUCCGUUCUAGUAAACAGUCCCGCUGGGCAUGGCGGCUCCUGCCUGUAAUCCCAGCCCCCUGGGAGGCUGAGGAAGGAGGAUCACGAGAUCUAGCCCAGUCUGGGCAAGUUAGCUACUCUGAGACUUGGUUGUAAAGUAGCCUGGAGGUGUAGCUCAGUACAAAGGCCUCAGGUUCAAUGGGAGGGGGCAGGGAAAGGGGGGAGGGAGGAAGAUCAAAAGUCAUUCAGAAUCACGGUGUCACCAUGUUGGGAGUGGAGAGAAAGGAGGAUCAGAGAGGAAAUUAGCCAUCCCUGCAGAGCAUUUUGCAAGUAUUUACUUCAUAUUAUUCAUUUGAAUCCUCUUAACUUUUAAUAUGCUGGUGUUUUUUGUUUCCUUUUUUUGUUUUGGUGGUGCUGGAGAUUAACCUGGGUACUUACAUGUGCUAAAUGUGUGUUCCAUCACUUCACUGUACCCCAGUUUUAUUUUCCCUUCCUUUUUUGUUCACUUCUCUUUCUCUGUCUCUAUGUCUCCCUAUCUCUGUCUGUCUCUCUCGUCUCCAGAUUCGGACCUGAGCCUCAGAGAGGCAAAGUCACUUGUUUAGGAUUGCACAGAGUGACGGCGUGGGGGGAGAUGUGGGUUUCUCUGGCUUCAUUUUCACUUCUUACAUUAAAUAAUGCAGAAAGUGGUUUUUGGUUAACAGAGGCAAAGGGCAAUUUUAUAAUAGUGAGGUUAAUGCAUUUCAUUUUUUGAUGCAUUAGUUUCUGAAGACUAGAGAUACUAUUCUUUCCUUGUAUAAAUAGAGAAAACAAAGCUGUAGGAAACCCCUUUAGGAAGCAUCAGCAUUUAAUGUUUAAUUAGAUUUUUAUGGUAAAUUUCAUUUAUUUAGCUAACUAAUAUUAAAAAGUGUCAUAACAUACCUCAAAUAUUUACUUAUAGUUUAUAUUUAAUAUAGAACAAAUCCAACUUUGGUGUUAAUGUCAGCAAAGCUUCUGAAAUGAAAUGUAUGGGACAUGGUCGUUCAGAUUUGUUGAAUCUGAGCUUUGGGGAUUUUAGGUCUUUUUCUCUUUCUUUCAGAAGGUUACUAUUUCCCUUAGCUUUGGGGGCAGAUAGGAGUUCCAAGAUUCCCUGUCAAGACCUACAGUGAGCAUACACAAGAUCCACGGCGAGCCACUGGCCCUGGUUGCUGCCUUGCGGACUGGGACGGCAGGGUGCACGAGGGAGAGCAGCCCUCAGAGAAGGGACCCUGGCUGGGGGUUGGGGAGGUCAUGUCCUCUGUGUGUUCCCCAGCCACCCAGAAGAUUCCUCAGGCCACAAUCCAGCUUGUGUUGUGUGGACCUGAAACACCGUAGGUGAAACAACGUGAAUGCGGCUGUCGGGACACAGCGCACAUUGAGCUUUCCGAGCAGCAGACAGAUACCAAGACACUGUAUUGAUGCCACAGUGGCCUAGGCUGCAGCUCAGCUAGUGUUCUGAUUGACGGACACUUAGGGAACCUCUGCACGCAUGGUGUUUCCUCCUCCAUCCUAAGGGAGCGUGUGGCUGGCAGGCAAAGUUCAUUGCCGUGUGCACUUUAUCUUUUCUGUCUCUUCUCUUUUCUUCAUUUUCCAAGAUGUUGCUGCUGUGUCUGUCCCAGACUUCAGGUUACACUGGAAUCAGAUCUCUCUGUGUGUAAAAAGGGUUCACUGUAAGCACGUCAUUGCUACUCAGCCCUAGGGAGGGGUCCAAGGUGAUGGAAACCCUCCUUAGCUGUUUGCUUUUGAAACAUUAGAAAAAUGCCGUGGUGCUAAAAGUAUUCAAUGAUGCAUGUUCACUACUGAAUUCACAGUAUUUCACUGAUAAGGGGCUGCAUGUGCUCAGCAUUUUGGAGUUCUGGAAAAGUUCCCAGAAGACAAGCACCCAUCACUCUUAUUUCAGCAAUACAGGAGUGUACGAGGGCAUGCUUUUCUGUGAAUAACUCGAGUGCUUUUGGUAUUUAGUGUAGCAAGAAGGAUCAGAUGCUAAAAAUAAUUUCAGAGAGAGGUAGAACCAUUUCAGAUAUGUUUUUCUGCAGAAAGUGUACACCCAUAUGGGGUGUUUCUGGCAGUGAGGUUUUAAAGGUAUUGUCUUUUUCUGGUAGUCUAUUAUAUAGGUUAGAAUUUAAAGAGAAAAUGUCACUGGAAACUAAUUUCAAUGAUGUAUUAAACCAAAGGGGUGAACAAAAGAAGCUUCAAGUUUAUAUGUAGAGUUGAAAAAUAGAAAUAAUUGGUAAGAUUUGGCAUGGGGCAUUUUUCUUAAAAUAAAUAUACCUCUAUAAAGCCCCAAAUGUUAAUGUUGCUGCAUGAAGCUGGAUGGCCAGCCCCUAACAUUUUAGCUUAAGGAAAUGGAAUAAAGAAACUGGCAUUGGAGUCUCCGUGGAGAGUGCGAUCAGGAUGCCUGUGUUUUUCUGUGUAGAGGUGCGCUUGUGACAAAGGGCUGUUUUGAGUUGUUACAUAAAGGAGUUUGAUUUUGUGAUUUUAAGAUGAAUAUUUAUUCAGAGACCUGUUAGGGUUAAUUUAAAAGAUGUAUGACUUCCUUGUGUUCAAUGAAAUUGAUUGUCAAUGUACCGAUAAACCCUGGUUUACAAUAUCUCGAAUACUUGAUCAUUGAAUAUUAAGGAAAAAAAGUUUAAAAAAAUGAAUAAAGUGUGUGGCAUUGAAAUUAGUUUGUCUCUGGAUUUUUAUUGUUUGGAGAGAAAAAGCAGUGCCUGUGUGAUUUCCUACUUCUUGCUCAGUAUUAAUUCCUUACCUAAUUGUUAACUUUGUCUUGAAGCAGAAGUUUCAGUGGUAAGCUGUUAGGGUUAGCGUUUUCAGAGCCUGUGGUAGGUAGCACAUUCUAAACUGAGUCACCGAAAAAAGAAUUUCAAGUUGUUCAUUAUUUAUUA